AUGUCGAAACAACCACAUGCAAAGACGCACGAAGACUACACAGUGGCGAUAGUAUGUGCGAUCGAGUUCGAAAUGAGCGCCGUCCGGUAUAUGCUUGAUGAAGAACACGGUCGGUUGCCAAGUACACAGGGAGAUUCGAAUGACUACAUUCUCGGUCAGCUAUGCGGUCACAACGUGGUGCUGGCGUGGCUCCCUGGGAACCAAGGCAAAAGUGCAGCGGCGAUCGUUGCGACAAACCUCGACCGAACCUUCCCAUUCAUCAAAUGGCGCUUCAUCGCCGGCAUCGGUGGAGGCAUUCCAAGUGCCAGAAAUGAUAUUCGUCUAGGCGAUGUGGUCGUGAGCAUGCCAGAGGGACAGUACGGCGGUGUGGUGCAAUAUGACCUAGGCAAGGACACUGAUGCUGGCUUCAAAUUGAAAGGUUUCUUGUCAGCCCCACCUUCUCGGUUGAGGGCCGCCGUGGGAAGGAUGCGGUCAGACCAUCGGUUCAGCGAUAACAAACAGUGCGACGGAGCACAGAUAGUGGGCAGAAUACCCCGCGAACAUGAUGCUCCAGAGGUCCACUACGGCUUAAUAGCCUCGGGGGACCGUGUCAUGCGUAGUGCCGUGCAGAGGGGCAUCCAGACUCAGAAUAUAGGCGACAUUCUUUGCUUUGAGAUGGAAGCGGCCGGUCUUAUGACAGAGUUCCCUUACGUUGUCAUACGCGGCAUCUCCCACUACGCCGACUCUCACGAGAAUGACGUGUGGCAGUACUAUGCAGCCGCGGCAGCAGCCGCCUGCACCAAGGAACUCUUAUCAUACUUAGAUCCGGAAAUGCCUACCGAGGAUAAGCUGUUAGCGAGCAUUACAUCACGAAACCACCCCUACGGCUCAGCGGUCCAUUCCACUUUUACAGGUCGAGGGGUGCACCAAACAGGCAAUGGAAGCGAUCUUCACUUGAAUUCCCCUGUUCCCACCACAGCAGGCAGCAAGAGCACUACGAGGGAACAACUUCUUGAAUCUUUACAAUUCGAUCAGAUAGAUGCCCGGCAACUGAGCGUUAAGAAAGCCCAUGCCAAAACAUGUCGCUGGUUUUUAAAGACUUCAUUAUACCAAAAAUGGGAAAACAAGAACAUACCAGCUGUUGAUAACCAAUUCUUAUGGAUCAAGGGCAAACCGGGAGCGGGAAAAUCGACGCUGAUGAAGUUUUUGCUUGAGCAUAUACGAAGUCGCAUCCGCCAACAGAAAAAUACCGACGUCAUUAUCUCGUUCUUUUUCAAUGCUAGAGGCAACGACCUAGAAAAGUCAACGAUCGGCUUGUAUCGUUCUCUUUUGUUCCAGCUUCUAGAUGGACGCCCAGAGUUACAACAUGUGCUGGACGCCGUAAGGCCAGGUCGCCAGUGGGAUCUUGAUUUGCUUAAGAGUCUAUUCGAACGAGCUAUACAAGCCUUAGAGAAUGCGUCAGUCGUCUGUCUUAUCGAUGCAUUAGAUGAAUGCGAAGAGGCACAAAUCCGAGACAUGGUCGAUGUCCUGAAUGGACUUGUCAAUGAAGAAAACCGGCUACAAAUUUGCUUUGCGAGCAGACACUAUCCACAUAUCACAAUCCAAACAGGGCUUAGCGUCAUUCUUGAGAACCAAAGCGAACAUGAAAAUGAUAUAGCCAACUACUUGAGCACUACAUUGCGAAUUGGACAAGGCAGGCUGGCUGAGCAAAUACGUACGGAUCUCCAAAAGAAAGCUUCUGGCGUUUUCAUGUGGGUAGUCCUUGUGGUGGACAUCUUGAACAAAGAAUACGAUGAAGGUGGCAAGCAUCAUUUAAAAGAACGUUUGCAACAGCUUCCCAGCGAUCUCCACAACUUGUUCCAGAGUAUUCUCCUUCGUGACAGCAAGCAUCAGGCCGGACUCCUUCUUUGCAUCCAGUGGGUUCUGUUUGCCAAACAGCCUCUGACAACAAAGCAGCUAUACUUUGCAAUCUUAUCUGGCUUCGAAUCUCAGUAUUUAGCAGACUGUCACUCCGAGGAUUAUUCAGAAGACGAUGCUCGAAAGUAUAUACUUGACAAAUCAAAAGGACUAGCAGAAGCGACCAAGUCCAAGAAUCCUACUAUUCAAUUCAUCCACGAAUCAGUCCGAGACUUUUUGCUCAAAGGGGAUGGGUUCAGUAAAGUAUUUCCUCAAUUAGGAACGAACAUCCAAGGGCAGAGUCAUGAAGCCCUCAAGCAGUGCUGCCUCACGUACAUGAGCAUGCAAAGUCUGUCCGACCUCAACGAGUCCACGUGCGAAUCAGUCAAUGCGCAAUUCCCAUUUUUAAACUAUGCCAACGGGGGACUCCUCUACCAUGCUAACCAAGCACAAGUUUACAAAAUUUGUCAGCAACAUUUCUUGACCACUUUUCCACACCUUGAAUGGGUGGAACAUUUCAACAUUCUUGAACCUCACAAACUGCGUCGAUAUACAUCCAAGGUCAGCCUUUUAUACAUAUUAGCUGAGGCCGAUACGCCAGCUUUGAUCUCUAUCCAAGCAGGUCGCCAAUCCUGCUUUGAAGUCGAAGAUGAGCGAUAUGGACUUCCGAUUCUUGCAGCAGCGGCUGCUAAGAGCCAUACCACAACCCUGGCUAUGCUAGAGCUUGAAGCGCAGCGAGUGUCAGGUUUUUCGUUCGAAAAAUUCUGCACUCAACUGCGGCCGAUUCCUGAUAACUUGAACGCCGAUAGUCGGUCAUUUUCUUUUAACGGGAAGCAGGAAUUAUUCCAUCAACUCGUCGAGCAUGGAAGUGAGACAGUGUCGCUCUUCUUCCUCUCAGCAAACCCUUACGUUGUUGAUUCAAAAAACAAGAAUGGAAAGACAGCGCUCAUGAUUGCCGCGGCGAACGGACAUACCAUUUUGAUGGAAGAGCUGUUUCGUAGGGGCGCGAACGUCUCGGAGAAAAAUCGUAAAGGGCGGACAGCGUUGCAUUCCGCCUCAAGCGAAGGAGUUUUAGCCGCUGCCACACUCCUAAUCGACCACGGCGCUGAUGUCUCUGCGCCUGCGCAAGGUGGAGGCAGGCCAUUACAUAUAGCCGCUCAUAAUGGG